AGGGGGUGGCUGGGCAGAGCAUCCUCGCUGUCCCCACUCUCCCUCGGCGCGCAGCCGGGGCGCACGGACCAACGCACUGACGGACCCGCGCGCAGCCCGCGCUGCUGGGGGGCGCGGGCCCCGGGGCGUCGCCCGCCGGCUCCAGCCCUCCCCGCCCCGUCGCGUCCCGCCCCGUCGCGCCGGGGGCCCCAUGGCUCCUCCCGAGCCCCGCAGCCCGGGGGGCGCAGGGUAGAGCCCCCCGAGAUCCGCCCGCCGCCGCCGCCGCCCCCGGGACUCCCGGGUCCUCCCGGAGCCCCGCGGGGGGUCGCCGCCGUCGCGUCGCGCGGGCUCCGGGGGCGCGGGGGAGCGCCCUUGCCCCCUUCCCUCCCCCCACGACCCCCCACCCUCCCCCGAGCGUGGAGACAAGAUGCUGCCCUGGCUCCGACGCCUGCUGCAAGGUCCAGCCUCUGCCUGCCUCCUGCUGCUGCUGCUGGCGCUGCCCCCCGCCGCCCCCAGCUGCCCCAUGCUCUGCACCUGCUACUCGUCCCCGCCCACCGUGAGCUGCCAGGCCAACAACUUCUCGUCGGUGCCUCUGUCCCUGCCGCCCGGCACGCAGCGCCUCUUCCUGCAGAACAACCUCAUCCGCACGCUGCGGCCGGGCACCUUCGGGCCCCACCUGCUCACCCUGUGGCUCUUCUCCAACAACCUCUCCACCAUCUACCCCGGCACCUUCCGCCGCCUGCAGGCGCUCGAGGAGCUGGACCUGGGCGACAACCGGCACCUGCGCUCGCUGGAGCCCGACACCUUCCAGGGCCUGGAGCGGCUGCAGUCGCUGCACCUGUACCGCUGCCAGCUCAGCAGCCUGCCCGGCCACAUCUUCCGCGGCCUGGUCAGCCUGCAGUACCUCUACCUCCAGGAGAACAGCCUGCUCCACCUCCAGGAUGACCUGUUCGCGGACCUGGCCAACCUGAGCCACCUCUUCCUGCACGGGAACCGGCUGCGGCUGCUCACGGAGCACGUGUUCCGCGGCCUGGGCAACCUGGACCGGCUGCUUCUGCACGGGAACCGGCUGCAGGGCGUGCACCGCGCGGCCUUCCGGGGCCUGGGCCGCCUCACCAUCCUCUACCUGUUCAACAACAGCCUGGCGUCGCUGCCCGGGGAGGCGCUGGCCGACCUGCCGGCGCUCGAGUUCCUGCGGCUCAACGCCAACCCCUGGGCGUGCGACUGCCGCGCGCGGCCGCUCUGGGCCUGGUUCCAGCGCGCGCGCGUGUCCAGCUCCGACGUGACGUGCGCCAGCCCGCCCGAGCGCCAGGGCCGCGACCUGCGCGCGCUCAGCGACGCCGACUUCCAGGCCUGCCCGCCCCCCGUGCCCACCCGGCCCGGCAGCCGCCCGCGCGGCAACAGCUCGUCCAACCACCUGUACGGGGUGGCCGAGGCGGGCGCGCCCCCCGCCGACCCGUCCACGCUCUACCGAGACCUGCCCGCCGAGGACCCGCGGGGACGCCAGGGCGGCGACGCGCCCACCGAGGACGACUACUGGGGGGGCUACGGGGGCGAGGACCGACGGGGCGAGCAGACGUGCCCCGGCGCCGCCUGCCGGGCGCCCGCCGACUCCCGCGGGCCCGCGCUCGCGCCUGGGGUCCCCAGCCCUCUACUUUGCCUCUUGCUCCUGGCGCCCCAUCACCUCUGACUGCGGUGCUGAGACUGAAGAGGCCGGUGUGU